GGGGUGGGCGGAGGGUGUGCGGACCGUAAGAGGGGAGGACCGCGGCGGUGGAGCGGGGGUUGGGAGGAGAAAAGAGCAGGGGAGGCGGGAGGCCGAGCAGACUGCCGUGCGCGCGCGGACGCCCCCCACCCCAGCCCCUCGUGCGCCCCGCGCGGCGCCGCUCUGUUGCAGAGGAGCCCAGGCCGGGAAGUGUGGACGCGGCUCUCCCGAGGCCGGGCCGCCUCUCCCGCUCUGGUCCAGCGGAGCCGGAGUUCCUCGGGCCAAUCCUCGGUGAUUAUGCAAGACGGCGGACCAAUCAGCUCCGCCAGCUCAUGAAUAUUUAUGACCUCGGCUGAGUCAAAGCUUUGAACCGAGUUUGGGGAGCUCGGCGGCAUCAUGCUCGGACUUUUCAAAGGGACAAACUCCAUUUUCUUAUGAAUGGAAAGUGAAAACCCCUGUUCCUCUUAAAUUGGGUUCCUUCCUGUCCUGAGAAACACAGAGAAACCCCCAAAAGGGAAGCAGAGGAGAGACAGAGAGACCCACACUCAGACCCCGCGAGAAGAGAUGACCAUGACCACCAUGCCAGAAAGUCUCAACAGCCCCGUGUCGGGCAAGGCGGUCUUUAUGGAGUUUGGGCCGCCCAACCAGCAGAUGUCUCCUUCUCCCAUGUCCCACGGGCACUACUCCAUGCACUGUUUGCACUCGGCGGGCCACUCGCAGCCCGACGGUGCCUACAGCUCGGCCUCGUCCUUCUCCCGACCGCUGGGCUACCCUUACGUCAACUCGGUCAGCAGCCACGCGUCCAGCCCCUACAUCAGUUCGGUGCAGUCCUACCCGGGCAGUGCCAGCCUCGCCCAGAGCCGCCUGGAGGAUCCAGGGGCCGACUCGGAGAAGAGCACGGUGGUGGAAGGCGGCGAAGUGCGCUUCAAUGGCAAGGGGAAAAAGAUCCGUAAACCAAGGACGAUUUAUUCCAGUUUGCAGUUGCAGGCUUUGAACCGGAGGUUCCAGCAAACUCAGUACCUAGCUCUGCCCGAAAGGGCGGAGCUCGCGGCCUCCUUGGGACUCACGCAGACGCAGGUCAAGAUCUGGUUCCAGAACAAACGCUCCAAGUUCAAGAAGCUGAUGAAGCAGGGCGGGGCGGCUUUGGAAAGCAGCGCGCUGGCCAACGGCCGGGCCCUGUCUGCGGGUUCCCCUCCCGUGCCGCCCGGCUGGAACCCUAACUCCUCAUCCGGGAAGGGCUCGGGCGGCAGCGCCGGCUCCUACAUCCCCAGCUACACGUCGUGGUACCCCUCGGCACACCAAGAAGCCAUGCCGCAGCCCCAGCUCAUGUGAGCGCACCCAUCUGCCCGUCUCCCUCCCGUCUUCCUCCGGCCCGGGCCCCUCCCGCCUCCAAGUCCGUCGCCACUCCACAUCCCUAUCGUCAGAGCCCGGAGCAGAGGGAAAAGAAGGAGCAGCGAAAGCAGCACGGUUGCCGCCGCUCGGAGCCCCGUGGGCCGGCCAUGCGCCUCCCCAG